UAUAGAAGCUUCACCCUCCUUAAUAUUUUUCUCGUGUUGUACAUUUGAUCGAAUCCUUAUCGCGAAGCCAGAACUAAAGACGCACCAAAGCCAUGUCCGUAGCUCGAGUUUACUCCGACGUCAACGUUCACCGUCCUAGAGAUUACUGGGAUUACGAGUCUCUCGUCGUUCAAUGGGGUGAUCAAGAUGACUAUGAGGUGGUUCGAAAGGUUGGUAGGGGAAAAUACAGUGAAGUCUUUGAAGGUAUUUGUGUAAAUAACAGUGAGAGAUGUAUAAUUAAGAUCCUCAAGCCUGUCAAGAAAAAGAAGAUAAAGAGGGAGAUAAAAAUACUACAGAAUCUUUGUGGAGGUCCCAAUAUUGUGAAAUUGCUUGAUGUUGUCAGAGAUCAGCACUCAAAAACUCCCAGCUUGAUUUUUGAAUAUGUGAACAGUACAGAUUUUAAAGUUUUGUACCCAACAUUGACCGAUUAUGACAUUCGCUAUUAUAUAUAUGAGCUUCUCAAGGCACUAGAUUACUGCCAUUCGCAAGGCAUAAUGCAUAGAGAUGUGAAACCUCACAAUGUAAUGAUUGAUCAUGAGUUGCGAAAACUACGCCUUAUUGACUGGGGACUUGCAGAAUUCUACCAUCCUGGCAAAGAAUAUAAUGUCAGAGUAGCUUCAAGGUACUUUAAGGGACCUGAACUCCUUGUUGAUUUACAAGACUAUGAUUAUUCUUUAGACAUGUGGAGUCUUGGCUGUAUGUUUGCUGGAAUGAUUUUUCGGAAGGAGCCAUUUUUUUAUGGUCGUGACAAUCAAGACCAGCUUGUCAAAAUUGCCAAGGUUCUUGGUACAGAUGAGCUAAAUGCUUAUCUGAACAAGUAUCACUUAGAGCUGGAUCGUCAUCUUGAAGCUCUUGUUGGCAGGCAUAGCAGGAAACCCUGGUCAAGAUUUAUCAAUGCUGAUAAUCGCCAUUUGGUUUCUCCAGAGGCUAUUGAUUUUCUUGAUAAGCUUCUUCGUUAUGAUCAUCAGGACAGACUUACAGCUAGAGAAGCUAUGAAUCAUCCCUACUUCUUUCAAGUCAGAAGUGCAGAGAAUAGCAGAAUGCGGACACAAUAAGCAUUGACGACAGGGGACCAGACAUGUAUUUCAUUUUAGGUAGCUGAUCACUUUUAUUUGGGUAUUGUUCCAACUCUACACUUUUCCCAAUUGUUGUAAAUUGAACUAUAAAGCUCCAUUUGCUUUUCCUGUAUUGUUUGUAAACGGGAACCAUUGCCAUUUUCGAGCGGAUGUAUCAUUGUAUUGUAUUGUAUUGAAAACUAUGUUCAAUUACUGAAUAGAUGCAGAUUUGCAGUAUUCGUCUUUA